AUGCUUCCAAAGUUGUUCUUCAUCAUUUCUACACUAAUUUCCUCCUUCAUCUUCUCUCAUUCUUACUCCCAGUGUCUUCACCAUCAGAAAACUUUGCUGCUUCAACUCAAGGAUGAGUUGAGCUUCGAUUCUUCCGUUUCAACAAAAUUGGUGCGAUGGAAUGAAAGUGAUGAGUGCUGCAAGUGGCACGGUGUGGACUGUGAUGCUGCUGGCUAUGUCGUUAGUUUGCAGCUCGAUCGUGAGUCCAUUUCUGGUGGAAUCACGGAUUCAUCGAGUCUCUUCAGACUUUUGCAUCUGCAGAAGCUAAAUCUAGCCUACAAUUCUUUCAACAACACUCCCAUUCCGAAAGGUAUUCACAAUCUCACCUAUUUGACACACUUGAAUUUAUCCGAUGCUGGAUUUGGUGGGCAGGUUCCCGCUGAAAUUUCUUCCUUGAGGAGGUUGGUUUGUCUCGAUAUCUCCUAUGAGGAUAGAAUAUCUGUGAAACUGGAGACGCUUGUCCAAAAUUUAACAGGGCUUCGAGAGCUCUAUCUUCGCAACAAUCAGUUUAAUGGCACUUUUCAUCUGGACAACUUUCGAAGUCUUGCCAAUCUAACCCUACUUGGUCUAUCUCACAAUAGAUUGUUAGUAGAUGUUGGCAACCUCAAUUCAACUUCAUAUGGAAGUCUCCAACUAAAAGUGUUAAGACUAGCUUCAUGUAAAUUGUCCCAUUUUCCUAAUUUCACUAAACAUUUGGAUAUGGAAGAAGUGGACCUCUCAAACAAUCAGAUUGGUGGGGAGAUACCUAGCUGGAUUUGGGGAACACAGCUUUGGUAUUUGAACCUCUCUUUUAAUCUUCUAACAGAUCUACAAAAGCCUUACCAUAUCCCUGCUUCUCUUCUAUAUCUAUACUUGGACUCAAACCAGCUCAAGGGUGAGUUCCACCUGCCCAUUCCACCUGUGUCUCAUCUCAUGUACUUGUCUGUUGCUAAUAACAGUUUAAGUGGAUUCAUUUCAACCUCCCUUUGCAGUGCCACAAGGCUCAUUAGUCUUGACUUGUCUGGCAAUAAAUUAAGUGGCAUACCCCCUUUUGAAAACAUUAGUAGCAUCAAUUUGGGGCAAAACAGCAUAGGCGGUCACAUCCCUGAUAACUUUUCUCAGGAUUGUAAGCUACAAUAUUUAGAUCUUAACAAUAAUAGUUUACAAGGGAGAAUCCCAAAGUCCCUUCAAAAUUGCAGGUGUUUGGAGUUGUUGAACGUUGGGAACAACAACAUCAACGACACCUUCCCAUGCAUGCUAUCAUCCACCUUGCGUGGUCUUGUUUUGAGUUCCAACCAAUUCCAUGGAGAAGUCACAUGUCACACGACCUGGCCACGACUUCAAAUUGUGGAUAUAUCUUCAAAUAAUUUCAGUGGAUCUCUGGAAUCAAUAAACUUCUCUACUUGGAGUUCAAUGCUGUUGAAAGACAUUAAUGGCUACUACCCACUGUCCAUCUCACUAACCAUUAAAGGGCAUUUCGAGACAUACGAUCUUACCUCACUUCAUCAGCUCAACUUCUCCCACAAUGCCCUCGAUGGAAGCAUCCCAAAAUCAUUUGGUCAGUUGAGGAGUCUUGAAUCACUCGACCUCUCUGGAAACCGACUAACAGGGCUGAUACCAGUGGAGCUUGCAGGCCUCACAUUCCUUUCAUUUUUGAAUCUGUCCUACAAUAAGCUGGUUGGAAAGAUUCCAAAUGGUCGGCAGUUUCAAACAUUUUCUGCUGAUUCCUUCAAAGAGAAUCCGGGGUUGUGUGGUUUCAAUGUAAACAUAAGCUGCAGUGGUAGUGAUGGCAGUGAUCAUUUGUGGCCACAAGAAUAUGAAAAUGGGGAAGAUCAAAAGAGUGAGAUUGAGUGGGAAUAUGUAUCCGCUGCACUUGGAUAUGUUGUGGGCUUAGGAAUCAUUGUGUGGCUACUUCUUUUCUGCCGAAGCUUCAAAGAAAGAUAUUUUGAGAAAAUAGAAGAGGUUGUUGACAAGAUUUUCUACGAGAGAGCAAGGAAAAGAAGGCAUGAAAGAAGAAGAAGAAGAAAAAGAGUAGAGAUGAGAAAAGAGAUUAGGAGACAGCAGCGAAGUUGA